CUAGAAGUGUUGCUUGAGUGAUAAGUCCAAACUAACAAUAAUAAAAAAUAAAAAUAACCUUUACAGGAUUAGGGUUUUACUUCAUGUGGCGCAGUGCUGGUUCCAACUGGUUCCGCCGGUUAUCGGCGGCGGCGCGGCGCUACGCUGAUGACGAAGGCGAUUGGCUCUACUCCUCGGAAUGGUGGGGCACGGACUAUGACUGCAGCCACUCCGUUCUCCAAUCAAAUUCCGGCAAGGGAAACGGCGUCGUAUCUGUCGUCGCACAUCCUUCCUCCAAACCCAGUAGAAUGCAUUGGCCUAGUGUAGAGCGAUGGCUGCAGCAGAGGUGGGAGCAGGUACAUGUGGGAUACGGGGAUGGAGGGAAUCUGAGGGUGCUUGGAUAUGAGUGGCGCGUGCUCCGGUUCAACCAUGUUACUCGCCAGAGCACUGCAAAAGUCAUGGCUGUUUACCAUGAGGAUAAGCCAGAAUCUGUCUAUCUAAUACAGCAACCUCAUUGCUUGGCCGUUCCAUAUUUGAAGAGUAUGGUAUCUAGUGGGUUGACUACUUUAGCAUCAUGUAAUUAUGAGAUUAACAGUGCACUGCAAGGAAAGAAAAAUAUGCACAUUUUAUGCAUCGGACAUGGUGGGGGGAGUUUACCUCUGUUUUUGGCUAGUAAAAUCCAAGGUGCCAUUGUCCACAUAGUUGAAAUUGAUCCCCUUGUUAUCUCAGCAUCAAUUCAAGCCAUGGGGUUCCCAGCUUUCUCACUUAUGACACAGUCAGGCUACCGAGCUUUCACAAAACCUGAUGUCAUUAAUGAAGUUAUGUGGAAAGGAACUCAUGAAAGGCUUUACCUCUACGAAGCAGAUGCAGAGGAAUUUAUUACUAAAAGCAACAACCUAUAUGAUAUGAUCUUUAUUGAUGCUUAUGAUGGUGAUGAUAUAUUUCCCCACAAGUUCUGGAACCCAGAUUUACCAUUUCUAAAAGCCCUUAGUAGUAGGCUCCAUCCAAAGCACGGCACUGUCGUGGUGAACCUGCAUUCGGACUCUGAUGUCUUGAACAAUGUUGGAUCUUUCCCAUCUGAAUUGGAGCUAGUCUUGCCUAUGGGAAAGUAUGUAUAUCAAGUUUGCCGUGCAUACAAGGAUGUGGUUUUAGGUACGGGAAACUCAUGCAAAGAAAAAGGGGGCCAUGGCCUUGCUUUCACUGUUGCAGUACCUUGGGUCUGUAAUACGUCCCUGGUUGUGUGUAGAGGUUUCUCUCUAGAUAGUGAGUAUAUCAACAGGAAUUUGAUUGUGAAUGCACUCAUAUCUAAAUCCCUUGAACUGGAACAUGUUUUGGACUUGCCAUUUCCAUGUUUGGAAUACUUAAAAAAAGGUUUUGUUCUGGUUGAGUAAUUUGUUUUCCAAAAUAUAGGUGGUCA